AUGCGGUACAUGAGAGUUUACGGCGCCGUAUACUGGCUAGUCCUCAUUAACCUGGCCUACACCUUUGGUUCAACAACCACUACAACACCGACAACGAUUACAACAUCCACGACAACUACAAUACCCACGACAACUACAGCACCGACAACAACUACAGCACCGACAACAACACCAACAACAACAACACCGACGACAACAACAACACCCACGACAACUACAACACCGACAACUACAACACCCACGACAACUACAACAACAACAACUACAACACCCACGACAACUACAACACCGGCAACCACUACAACACCCACGACAACUACAACAUCAACAACUACACCGACAACAACUACAACACCGACAACUACACCACCCACGACAACUACAGCACCGACAACUACCACAACACCGACAACAACACCAACAACAACAACACCGACGACAACAACAACACCCACGACAACUACAACACCCACGACAACUACAGCACCGACAACUACAACACCGACAACUACAACACCCACGACAACAACUACAACACCGACAACACCAACAACAACUACAACACCAACAACAACUACAACACCAACAACAACUACAACACCGACAACUACAACACCGACAACAACUACAACACCCACGACAACUACAGCACCGACAACUACUACAACACCAACGACAACUACAACACCGACAACAACUACAACACCCACGACAACUACAAUACCGACAACAACACCAACAACAACACCGACAACAACAACCCCGACAACAACAGCAACACCGACAACAACUACAACACCCACGACAACUACAACACCGACAACUACUACAAUACCGACAACUACUACACCGACAACAACACCAACAACAACACCGACAACUACAACACCCACGACAACUACAACACCGACAACAACUACAACACCGACGACAACUACAACACCGACAACAACUACAACACCGACAACUACCACAACACCGACAACUACCACAACACCGACAACAACUACAACAACUACCACAACUACAACACCCACGGCAACUACAACACCCACGACAACUACAACACCCACGACAACUACAACACCGACAACUACAACACCCACGACAACUACAACACCGACAACAACUACAACACCGACAACAACUACAACACCGACAACAACUACAACACCCACGACAACUACAACACCCACGACAACUACAAUACCGACAACUACUACAACACCGACAACAACUACAACACCGACGACAACUACAACACCGACAACUACCACAACACCGACAACACCGACGACAACUACUACAACCACAACUACACCUACAACCACAACUACACCUACAACCACAACUACACCUACAACCACAACAAUACCUACAACCACAACUACACCGACAACCACAACUACACCUACAACCACAACUACACCUACAACCACAACUACACCUACAACUACACCUACACCUACAACUACACCUACAACCACAACUACACCUACAACCACAACUACACCUACAACCACAACGACACCUACAACCACAACUACACCUACAACCACAACUACACCUACAACCACAACUACACCUACAACUACACCUACACCUACAACUACACCUACAACCACAACUACACCUACAACCACAACAACCCCUACAACCACAACUACGCAAACAAGCACAACUAAACCUACAACAACAACUACGCAAACAAGCACAACUAAACCUACAACCACCACUACUACACCUACAACUACGACGACAUCUACAACUACAAUGACUACUACAACAACUCCAUCACCUUCAACCACAACCACAUUAACAACCACUACAACUCCAACAACAACAACGGCAACACCUACAACGACAACGACACCUACAACAGCAACAACACCUACAACAAAAACAACACACACAGCCACUACAACUCCCACAACAACAACGGCAACAACUACAACCACAACUACACCUACAACUACAACUACACCUACAACCACACCUACACCUACAACUACAACUACACCUACAACUACAACGACACCUACAACAACUUCAACGACAACUACAACCACAGCUACACCUACAACCACAACUACACCUACAACCACAACU